AUGUUCCGUAUUUCCGAUAAUUAUGAAACCGUUUUGAAAACAAAAAUUAUGAAUUGUAAAAUAUAUAUUUUACUAACUCAGUGAAAUAAUCACGGUUAUAAAAAAUUUUAAAGGCUUUUAAACACUACCAUAUAAACUGAUAUCGGCGUACAAACAUAUGGAUUACUCAUAAAUAUAUUGUAAUUUAUAGCAAUAUAGUUUAUAUAUUAUAGUGGGAGGGGUAAUAUACUACAACUCAUAGGAAAACAAUCAUUAAACAUUUUCGUUAUUUUCAUACUGUUAUUAUACAAAAAAAAAGUACCUAGUGUAUCAUUCAGUAAAUAUUUAUAAUAACAUAAUCAAUAUUUUAGAAUUAACAAAAUAGAUCUGUAUAUAAACUGUAAAGUGAUUAAAGCUCUACCGCCUGCAAUUUCAAAUCAAUUGUCAAAAUAAUAAAUAAAAGCAUAACAACUGCAGCGACGAGGCGGACGCUUAAACAUCACAUGUAUCGUAAUACCAUUGAUACCGUGGUGUACACACGGACUAUACCAUAGAGUCUGCAAGACGAAAUAUGUAGAUAGAUAUUAUAUACUAGGUAUAUACUUACCAAAAUACGUCGGACAUCGCGAUGAUGGCGGAAGAUUCCUACUGCAGUUGCAGCACGACGGCGCCGGACGACAGUUGCAGCUGUGACCGACCGGAUGUUCACGGGCUCGAUUUGGCGACUUCGCAGUUCGAGGUCGUUAUUCGUCAACCCUCACAGACGUCGGACUGCAGCGACAAACCGCAGUCGUCGAAGAGAUCACAACGCGCGUACAGUUCGAUGACCGUGCAGGCCGGAAAGACGAACGACGAGGUCCGGAAACAGUUUACGGGCAGCGCGGAAGCGUUGCAUCGCUCGUCGGCGGACGACGAGUACUGCGACGGCCGUCCUCCGACCCCAGAGCAGCGCAGUCACAGCAGUGAGCUAACAGCCGUCGGCCCGGAAGCUCCGAACUUGCUGCGGACUACCGAUCCGCAAGCUCUACCCGACAUUUCCACCACCGAAUUACAGGUUGCAGCAACGGACCAGCAGCUGCGAGAGUCCGACUUCUGCGCAACCGAUGACCCGCCAACUGCCCAAUUCUAUACAAACGACUUCUGCGCGGUAAUAAUGCCUAACGCUAGUGACGACUUUGACGCGGUGGACUUGACGGUAGACGACUACCGCCCGAGAUCCUUCGACGUUGACAGCUGGGGAGACCGGGGGUCCACGAUUGAUUCGGUUCAGGCUCGAUCUCUGGAAAGUGGAACGUGGGGGAUCGGGGUACAGCAGAUGACUAGAGACGUCCGGAAGGAAAAUGGUUCGCUGUGGACGAGGAUUAAAAAUUACAUAUGUGACAGACUGUGCUUUCGACGACGGUAGAUAAUAAUUAUUAAUGUAUAGAAGUAUAAUAUUCGAGAAAUAAUUUUCCUUAUGUUAAGAGAAAAUUAAAAGAUCCACCGAAAUUAAAAAAAAAAAAAAACAAAUUGCACCUACUUAUAUACAUCUAAACUAUUUUUCAUUUAAUGAUGUUCUUUUCCGCACAUUUUUGGUAAUUUGCAGGGUCGUACCAUAUUGAUAUAUGUAUACUUAUAAUAGUUUUCAAUUUAAACCCUCUCGAUAAAAGCCAAAAGUUAUUUCUGCGCAACCAGUCGGUAACCUGGUUGGGACCACUUCUGAAAGAUUUUCUUACAAAAAAAAAAUGUAUGAAAAAUAAUUCAAAAAUUAGUCGUUUGCAAGUAUGUAUAAGUAUAAAGGUGAUUAUGUGGAUAAACAGUUUAUAUCUCGCGGAGAUAUGUAUCACCAUUUAGAGGUUUUGAAUAAGGGAGGGAAGAGAGAGCAAUAAUUUUGAUGAUGGUCAUGUUAUUUUUUUGUUUUUUGACAUCCUUUUCCACAUUAAAAUGACGCCAC